GAACAUUAUUACCGGCGACUUAGCAGGCGUUGACCGUACUUCCAUCUUUCAUACGUUGGAACCUUGGAGACCUAAGGAAACCUGAAGCUCAAUCAAGAAUUAUCUUAAUCUAGCUCGCCACCGAGCUUGACAAUACCAACGAUGGCGUCCGACCUUUCUUCAUUGCUGAACUCGUCAAGAGCUCUGAAUUCGCAUCUUUCACGGCCUGAUCUUCCUUCUGUCAACCUUUCACUCGAUCAGAUAGAGGCACAGUCGCGUCGGCUCGUAUCACGACAACCUGGAGCAUCAAGUGAUGCUGACCGAGCAAACUACCUUCUGGCACAGGCUCAUGUUGAUGCCCCUGCCCUUGCCAACUCCAUCGCACACUUGAAUACCUCGUCAACUUUCUCUCCCCUCCAGCCCCUCCAAGACACGGAUGUCUCAGGCUAUCUUCGUCAUGCUCACGAACAGAAUCUUAUUUCAACGAUAGAAGAAGGUCGAAGAGAAACCCAGGAGCAUUUCUAUCGUCUGCUUGAGGAGCGCAGCCACAAAGACUGGGAGGCCAAAAAGAGACGCGUGUUUGAAGAGCUGGGAGGUCGUGCUACUAGUGAUAGCAAAGCUCUUGCUGAAAUGAAAAAGAGUUUCCAUGGAAAGGCGGCGCUGGCGGCAAGCACAGGACCUAGUUUGACUCUCCAGAUGCAGAGCAAGAUGAUGGCAUAUGACCGUGCAAUCAGCGAACUGAACGCUGCAAGGUUGCGCGGAACAUCUUGUCCUAUCAUCCAUCUCCUUAUGCAAGCCGCUGCCAGUUUGAAUUCAGAGCCUUCCUCACAACAAAUACUUCAAAACUUCCACGUGCUUGCAAAGAUUACUAGUGAACCCCCCGCUCUACCCCCUGUGGAGCACGCAGGCGCUCACAUCUUGAACGCCCCGCUUUUCGAACGCAAAUAUGCGCGGGUGUAUCUGGGGGAUAGCGACUCCAGGGAGGCUGCAGCUCUGCGGAUACAGAUUGCCAAAGGCUCACGAGAAGCGCUCGAGGACCAAUUUUGGGAUAUCAUUGAACGCACGAUCCAGUCGAGACCUAUGGAAGCCCGUCUUGGAGGAGACCCUAGUGUAGCAAAUAAAAUACGCGCCUUUCUCCUAAUGAGAUAUUACAAAAACGGGCAGUGGGAAGAUCGGAUAGAGCUUGUCGCUGGUCAGCCUUUGUGGGCUAAGUUGUACUACCUUGUACGCACCGGUCACGCACAAGAGGCCCUUGAUGAAGCCUUGAAGUCACAGCAAGCUAUUGAACACCGCGAAGACAGCUUCAUGAACCACUUCCGCUCAUGGGUCGAGUCGCCAGAAAGACGGUUACCCAAACCACAUCGUGACCACUUGCAAACAGUAUACAAUGCACACAUGUUGCAUUCUGCAUCUGCAGAUCCAUUCAAGCUUGCACUCUAUAAACUCAUGGGCAAGCUCGAGCCUUCGCGGCGAACAGUAUCACAAGUGACGAUGACGACCGAGGAUUGGUUGUGGUUCCAGCUUGCAAUGGUUGAUGAAGAGGAAGAGGGUGGCCUCCGUGGGCUCACAGAAGUUCUUCUAAGUUAUGGAGAGCGCCACUUCGACGGUACAAAGAGGGGUGUGUGGCCUGGUGUUCUGCUCAUGUGCGGCCAGUUUGAACGUUCUGUGGCUGCACUAUGGGAGCACCCAGAAACAGAAAUCGAAGCUGUUCACCUUGCUAUUGCGCUUGCAUAUCAUGGGCUUCUACGCGUCCCAUCUCGUGCUGAAACAUCUGACAUCAGUCCUUUGACCUUGUCCCCACUCUCACCUCCCGCACUCAGCUUGCCGAUGCUCAUUUGGCGAUACGUACGCCAGUUCGUUAAGAUGGACGCGAAAGAAGCGCUACAGUAUGUCUACUGCGUCUGUCUCUCGGCGGAUCAAGGCGACGGCGUCGGCAGAGAAAAUGUAGAGACCGCUUGGGAACUCGUGAGGCGCAUCAUCGUUCUCGCUCACUCAGGUCCCGCCUGGGAAGAGCUUGUCGGUGGAUUCAGACCCGAUGGCACGCGUUUCAGCGGCAUCAUCGAACAGGGCGCUACUCUUCUCCAUCUACAAAACACCGCCCAGUACAACGAACAGAUCCUCAUUCGCGCCGCCCGCGACUCCGAGGAGAACGACCGCAUUCCGGAGGCGAUCAAGCUCUACAACCUCGCCGGGGACUACGGCACUGUCAUUUCAUGCCUCGCCCAGGCGCUCGGCAACACCCUGGCGCAGCCAGCAGGUGAAUCAGAUAAGGGCAAAAUCAUCGAACGCACUGCCGUUGAGAUUUUGAGACAUUACGAGCGCACGAACAGGGCAGUAGGCAAGGAUCGAGAUGCUGCUGUAAGACUGUUACGCAUCAGGGAAGCGCUCAAUGCGAAGAGCUCUGGACGGUUCGAUGUUGUGCUUGAGAUUAUGGAGUCUACGGAUCUCAUUCCUCUCGAUGGAGAUGUUGCAAAGAUUACGAGGAAGGCUGAGGAGUUCAAAGAUUUGCAUGAUGCCUUACAACGCAAUCUACAAGUCUAUUUGCCGCUCACGAUGGAGGCCUUAGCGGCAGUACACCAAUCCAUCAAAAAUUCUGCUACAGCAGAAACUACAAGGCAGAUGACAUUGACAACGCUUAGGAAAAAAUCGAGGUCGCUGAUGGUGUUUGGUGGUAUCCUCAAGUAUAGGAUGUCGCCUGAUGUGUACUCGUAUCUGGCGAGAUUGGAUGUCGAGAUCGCUCUGUAAAAUAUGGUAAAUCAGGUCAGAAUAGUUCUGUAUGUCGUCGAGAUUUUGUUUAUAAUAUUGUGAUGAGACCUGGAAGAACGAACCA